CUCGCUCGCCUCGUGUAAAAGAUCGCACGAGUCGAGCCGAAAUGGCCACCGAAGCGGCUCAGUAGCAGCGCUCGAGUGGGCGGGACCAAUGGCAGACUGGAGUCACAUGACCCGCGCAGAGCCAGGCUGAGCAAUUCCAAUAUGGUGGCCAGCUUGGCAGGUCUACGGUUCCUGUUGAUGAUAUUGUUGUUCUGCGGGAUCAGAUUCGGCGCCUGCAGCCAGGAAGCUCCGCAGGUCGUGGGGCUGCGACUGGAAGACCCCGGGGGUCUGGUGCGCAUGAAGGACCGAAUCAUCUCGGCGCCAGAAGGAGCCACGUUCCAGCUCCGUCUCUUUGGGGCUAAUCUGAAUGGAAGCUGGCCGUGGCCGUGGCUCGCGUUCGCUGGGGCGGCAGCGGGAGCCGCAGGGGCGGUCGGUGAUGCCGACCCGUGCGAAGAGGAGUCCAGUCGGCAGGAAGCCGCCUUUAAUGCAACGGAACCGUUCAAAGCGGACGAGCCGAACAGCGGGCUGCUGACGGUGGAGGUGAAGAAGCGUGGGAGCGUCUCCGCGGAUUUCUACCACCUGUGUGUGCAGAGCGGGGGGAUGUGGGCAUCAAUGGGCCCGGACAGACUGCAAGUCUGCCCGGGAGAACCUUCAGUUCCUCCACGGCUGGAUAUGACUCCGACGACAGCCCCUCCACGGCGGGAUAUGACCCCCACGGCAGUCCCCCCGUGGGGUCUGGCUCUCCUGGUGGUGCUGAUGCUGCUGACCUGCGGCCUGCUGAGGACCGUAAACUUGAGCCUGCUGUGGCUGGACCCCGUGGAGCUCUAUGUUCUCCACAGCUGCGGAUCCGAGGAGGAGAAGCGAGCCGCCAAGCGCCUGGAGCCAAUCAGGAGGAGAGGGAACUUCUUGACAUGCUCGCUGCUCUUCCUCUGCGUCUUGGGCCACUCCGCCCUCGGGGUUCUCCUGUACCGGGCUCUGGGCUCCGUAGUCUCGGCGGUGUUCACCAGCGGCCUUCUGAUCUUCUUCCUGGCUGAGCUGGUUCCUCACGUCCUGUGCUCCGGCUACGGCUUCCAGCUGGCGCCCGGGCUGACCUGGCUGGCCCAGGUCUGCAUGGUGCUCACCUGUCCCCUGUCCUGUCCGCUGGGGUUGAUUCUGGACCUGGGCCUGGGGAGAGACGUCAGCACCUGUGGGAUACGGGAGAGAGCCAUGGAGAUGAUCCGCGCCAGCGUCAAUGACCCUUACAGCGAGUUUGUGAAAGAGGAGUUCAGCCGUGGGAUGCUGCGCACCAAGACGGUGGAGGACAUCCUGACCCCCCUGAAGGACUGCUUCAUGCUGCCCAGCUCGGCCGUCCUGGACUUCUCCACCAUGUCGGAGAUCAUGCAGAGCGGAUACACCAGGGUGCCUAUUUACGAGGAGGAGAGGUCCAACAUCGUGGAAAUCCUUUACGUGAAGGAUUUGGCGCUGGUGGACCCGGAGGACUGCACCCCCAUGACGACCAUCACCAAGUUCUACAACCACCCGCUGCACUACGUCUUCAACGACACCAAGCUGGACGCCAUGCUGGAGGAAUUCAAGAAAGGCAACUCUCACAUGGCCAUCGUCCAGAAGGUGAACAACGAGGGCGAGGGCGACCCGUUCUACGAGGUUCUGGGUCUGGUCACCCUGGAGGACGUCAUCGAGGAGGUCAUCAAGUCUGAGAUCCUGGACGAGUCCGACGGCUACUUGGACAGGAAGGUGAAACGUCCGAUGACUCCUAUGGAGAUCCCUCUGGAGCCUCGCGGCUCCCACGAGGAGUUCUCCCUUUUCAAGCCUCCAGAGGGAGAGCCGAAGAUCCGCACAUCACCACAGCUCCUGCUGGCCACGCACCGCUUCCUGUCCAGAGAAGUGGAGCACUUCAGCCCAGCUCGUGUGUCUGAGAAGGUGCUGUUCCACCUGCUCCGCCACCCCAACGUCAACCAGGAGGUCCACUUCGACCACAACAACCGGCUGAGCCCGAGCCACUACCUGUACACCCGCAACCACCCAGUGGACUACUUCAUCCUCCUGCUGCAGGGCCGUGUGGAGGUGGAAAUCGGCAAAGAGGGCCUGAAGUUUGAGAACGGAGCCUUCACUUACUACGGCGUGUCUGCUCUGACGCUGCCCUCUUCAGUUCACCAGUCUCCGGUGUUGACCCAGCGGCACUCUCCCAGGGAUCCCUUCGAGUCAGCAGACGCCACCAGCCCAUCCAGCUACUGUCCCGACUACACAGUGCGAGCCCUCACUGACCUGCAGCUCAUACGGGUGACCCGUCUGCAGUACCUGAACGCCCUCAUGGCGUCGCGGGCGGGCCAGAGUCCAGAUCCUCCAGAGAUCAAGAUCCUGCCCAACAGUCAGACCAAGCUGCUCAACGACAGAAACGCCACACCAGGUAGCAGCAGAGCCCAGGAGAGCUACACAGAAGAGGAGGCUCAUGGGUAGCACAGGAAACAUUUCUGGUUGGAUCGUAGUUAUUGGACCAGACUGGAAAGAGAGAGAGAGAGAGAAAGUGAUUUAUUUUUCUUUUAUUUAACUAGACCCACUAACUCACACGUCGCCAUUCCUUCAUGUGAUCUAUGGUGAUUAUUUUAUACAUGUAUGUACAUAUGUCUGUAUAAAUAUAAAUAUAGAGUGGAAAGAGAAGAUAUGUUACCUUAACGGGAUUAUUUAGUUUUCUGCGUUAAUCGUUAAUUCUGUGAUCUGAGCGUUUCCUGCUGCGUACCGGAGACUGAACCCUUUGAGUCGAUAAAGUUCCAGAGAACGGCUUCUUCUGCUUCCUCAGGACGAUUCGAUGAACCUGCCCGUUCCCAUGGAAACCUAAACCAGGGAGUCCCAUCACAUUCAGACCGCGAAAAAAAAGAGACGCAAGAGGCAAACGGUGCAUUUCAAUGCAUUCGAAUAAGAGGAAACCAAGUCAGAAUGUCCGAGUUGGAGCCGUCGUUUGUCGGGAUUCCUUUGGAAUUAUGAAAAUAGUUGUUUCUGUCAUUGUAAAAUGUGGAAAAGUAUCCCAAUUAUGUUUUUUUUUUCUAUUUUUAUAUAUAGCUCAGAUCAGACAAUUAGCAUCCAAAGAGUCGUCAAUCUCUCUGUUCCUUUACUUCCACAGAGGGAACAGCUGAACUCUGGUUUUUCAAAGCCAUUUUGGGGGUUAAUGAGGAAUAUUCAGGUGGUUCUGUAUUCUGUCUUCCUGCAUACUGGACUCUGGAAGUACCUGUUGUAGUUUAUUGUGUGUGUGGUGUCCUGCCACUGGUCAGACCAUGUUCAGUUCCAGUGCUUCAACGGGGCGUUUUCCAUCAAACAGGUUCUGCUGCUAAACUGGGCGACGUUUGCUAAACAGGAAUUAGCUUAGCUCAGUGAUUUGUGUGGAAGAGCGCAGGAGUUGGAGGAAAGUGAGUUUUGCGGGUAGAAAAUGGUAGAAGAGAAAAUAAAUCAAUGUAUAAUUAACAAAAAAAAACUAUGUAAAAAAAAAAAAAUAUAUAUA